AUGGCUGAUGCUGUUGUUGAGUUUCUCUUGGAUAAUCUAAAGCAGCUUCUAAUCUACAAUGCAGAUUUAAUUUCUGGUGUAAAGGAACAAGUUGAAUCUCUUCACCGGGAGCUUAGUUUGAUGAAAGCUUUUCUCAAGGAUUCAAAGGAGAAGCGCAGUCAGUAUGAAUAUGUUCGNAUUUCUGGUGUAAAGGAACAAGUUGAAUCUCUUCACCGGGAGCUUAGUUUGAUGAAUGCUUUUCUCAAGGAUUCAAAGGAGAAGCGCAGUCAGUAUGAAUAUGUUCGAGUAUUGGUCAGGCAAAUCACAGAUGUGGCUUAUGAGGCAGAAGACAUCAUUGACACAUUUGUGGUCAACAUGGCUAUGCAGAAGGCAAGAAGCACCAUGAGCAGAAUUGUUCAUGUCCUUGAUUAUCCAGCAAAGCUACGCAGUGUUGCGAAACAGAUUGAAUCCAUCAAGGGGAAAGUGAAGGAGAUUUAUGAUAAAAAGAUGUUUGGCAUUGAAGCCCAGCAAGGUGGAGAACCUUCCACCAAACGUUCUGCACAAAAGAGAGCUCCUGUUGUGGAGGAAGACAAUGUGGUGGGCUUUGAUGAGGAGGCUAAGACAGUAGUAGAUCGACUCACAAAAGGAUCAGAGCAGCUAGAGAUCUAUAAGUACAAUUUAACAGAGAGGCUUAAAGGUGCUUGUAUGACAGGUGUGCAAACAUUUUGUAUUUCAUUGAUUUUGUUUUCAAGUUCAGCAACAGUCUAUCUCUUGAUAUCUGUCUUACAAGAUUUUAUUAAUUUCUCUUUCUUGGUUUUUGUGCUGAUGUUUCCAUGAAACUAACUCAAAACACUUCAGUGAACUAUAAAAUGCUAUUACAAUGUUAAAAUUGCAACAUAUUAGAUUUUAUUGGAGAAUAGUUACAAUUGAUGUUGGAGUUUUCACAAACAGAUUGCAUGAUUAGUCGGUACAAUUACCACAUAUGCUGGAUCCAGUCACUUAAAAGGACAAAUCCUUGUACCAUUUGCUUUUAUGAUAUCUAACAGGUGCCAUAUUAAAUUUUUGGAUGAUGGAACUUGUAUAAUUGCCUUCAAAUUUGUAACAAUAGUUUAUACACAGUUUUAUCUUAAAAAGCGUUAUAUCGUUACUUGUAGUACAUGGGUAGAUGGACCUUGAAACUAUAGUUGUGUGUAGGCUGUAUAUGUAUCAUAAACUAUCCUGUACUCUUUCUUAUUGAUGUGCUCUUGAUUCAUGUCAGCUAUCGAGCUACCUAGUUUUCAUUGUGUUCUUAGAUGACAGGGACUCGUUGCAUGCCUCUAUGCUAAUUUUUGCUGGUACUUGUGAGCAUAUCAAGAAGAGGGGGUAUUUGUGUAGCUGUCUAAAUAGUUUUGACAACUGUUUGAGAUGUACAAGUGUAGCUUUUCGAAGAAUUGUAUCCGGUCGAGUGUGAAUGCUUGCAAGCCUUACAAAUUACAUCUUAAAGUUGGACUACCCCACCUGAUUCCCUUCCGGAAGACGGAGAAAAAAGGAUCAAGGUCAGCUCACAUAGGUCAAUGUUGGUGUCAUCAGGGCGUUGGGAUUUGAGGCUUGAUUCCGCAAGGAGAUAAUGCAAGAUAUUUGGAAAAGCAUCUGAGCCAAACUGACGUGUCUCUUCUCUGCCUCGAACUUGUGAUUUGCUUGUUUGGAUAGCAAUAUUACGAGAUUUAGUAAUUUCCACUUGUAAUCCGUUGUGUUGUUUAAUUGGAUCAUUUUCAAUACUGUUUUGGUGAUAGUUCUUUGCUGAUGUAGUGACAGAUACUAUUUGGAUGAUGCUUAUAUUGUAAUGUUUGUUUGUAAUAUGUCUUCCAUCU